UAAUUAAAAGCCGAGAUGAAUUUAACAUUAGUGGGACUUUGCUUUGGUAUUGUUUUCUUAACAAUCGGUUCCGCACAAAACUUUGAGCUGUCGUAUUUAGCAGAACAAAUAAACUCAUACUGCGAGUUAAAGGAAGGAUCUGGUGUUGUCAAACCCAAGGUGACGCUUGUUCCAAAAGUUGGAAAAGCUGGACCACCUGGUCAACGCGGACCUCGAGGUGCACCAGGGGUGGUAGACUAUAACCGGGUUGAUGACUUGGUAGAACAAAAAUUAAGCGUUGUUGAGCAGGAACUAUCAUCUCUCAAGAAUAGUCUUUUACUUUACAAGAGAAUUAAAAUAGGAAUGUGUCCUAUGGAAUAUCGGGAUAAAUGCUAUUGGGUUAUCAAAUCACCUAUGACUGCAGUUGUUGGCAGAUCUAUUUGCCAAUCUGUCGGUGGACAAGCAGCUGAUAUAGUAGACCUUGACCAUUUUGAAAUACUUAGAAAAUACAUCUCGACAUUUGCUACAAAUGCGGAUGAUUUUUGGACCGGAAUGAAUUUUAAUACUCAGACACGCACAGCAACACUUUCUGAUAGAUCCGCAGCGCCCUAUGUGCGAUGGCAUCCGGGUUAUCCGGACGGGGCCUCCGGAAGAACGGCUAUAGCAUUCAACUUAGAAGCUGAAGUUUCCAACAAUAAUGUUGGUAUGUGGGAUUAUUAUCCGGAUAAAAAUGACAAUAAGCCAGCGGGUGUAAUUUGUGAAAUCUGA